UCCGCGUGCAGUCUACGGUCCGCCGCCAAAUUCAAACAGAGAAAGAAAGAAACAGCAGCAACAGGCAGCCGAAGGACAGACGAGUCGUACAACUUCCAGCUCAGACAGAAUGGCGUCUUCAGUGAUGGAUGGAGUUGGUAGAGCUGUGGUGGGAGUUUGGCGGGCACACACAGUCCUGGAUGAGUCUGAUGGGGCAGAGAGCUCCCCAGAAGCCCCAGACCGUUUCCGCAAGCUUCGCUCCUCAUCUUCUCUUAACUCUCUGCGAAUGUCUUUGCGCAAGCGGCUUCCGCUACGCUCUGUCCAGACCAACUCCCUCCCUGAGAAUCCGACUUGGGAGACCCUGAAGGAGGAACCAAAACCCAGCACCGUCCGUAAACUUACUCGCAGUGCUCGGAACUCCAUCAGCGGAGUGUAUCAGAGGCUGCAGAGGACCAGAGAGUUUACACGUGAGGAGUGUUUGGUAGCAACCCCGGGCCGGACAUGUGAUGAGGAAGAGGCUGGUGCAUCAACUUCUCGUACCCCAAGACGUACACCUGGCCGAGCUGCAACACCCAGACGCACGCCCAGAGCGGCAGCCACACCCGGGCGUACUCCGGGCUCUAGAGGAAGAAGGACUCCUGAGGCUGGUGUACGGGGGGUGAAAACAGGAGGAGGCAGAAGGCAGCUGGUCCGCAUGGCUGCAUUACGAAGUCCCUUUGCCUCACCCAACACACAGAACCAGAGACUAAAGUUUGACCAAGAUUUGGAGUCCGUGUCCAGUGGACUCAAGAGGCUCAAACGUCUAUCCAAGGCCUUUGAUGACAUAAUUGGCAGAGAUGACAGUUCAACUAUUCCCUUAUUGUGGAGUAGGGAAGAAGAACCAGUGCACGGGGACUUUCUGGAGGAGCAAUGAUGAGAAAGCUGGACCCCAGCGGUAAACUCAGUCGUUCAAACCUCACACGUCGAGCCACGCACCUCUCAAACACAGUUGGAGGUUGGGCCCACGUAGCUGUGAAUACUAUUCGCAAACCCAACUGAACUACACACGUGUGUGUAUAUAAAACACAGGACCUUUCUAGCCAUGUUUAUCACAUUUCACGUCGCUGUUAGAUUUACAUGUAGUGUUGUCAUGAUACUGGGAGACUGUUACAUGGCAGCUUGUCUUCUUCUCUUGUUCAUGCUGUGUGUAAUUAGCAGCAUCUACAGUAUGUAAUUCUUGUGUUUACAUGUCUCAGGUUAGCUAGUUGUGGGUAAAAUGUCCUCAUUGUAGCCACCAAAGGGAUUUCUGUAUUGUGGUGUAUGUACCUGUUAUAGCUGCUACAACAAAAUGUCUUUGUUACAUUUUCCAAGUACUAAUUUUGUCCUUUAUAUUCACACUCUGCAUAGAAACCUUUUGUUAGUUUCUGAACUUGAAAAGAAACAGUGCAUGAGACCAAAAUUGUAUCUGCAGAACUAACACUAAAUUUACUGACAGAGGGGAGAUUUAUUUUCCUCCAUUUUAUAUGUAUGCAAUAAUGUUACUAACAUUUGUUAUGCCUUUUUUAAAUGUCAUUUGAUUAUACCAAAUUGUAAAGUGUAUUUUCUAUGAAAGGGGACUUCAUUUUAUACAGUUUAGGGAGCAUUUGAAUGGGAUUUUCCUUGAUGCAGAGGUCAGCACUUUUGAUGGCCUGUGGAUGAUUCAUGUACCAAAGCUGUACACAUAAAUCAUCUGAUAAUGUGAUGGGAAAGAUGUAAUGGCUCAUUACCUGAUGACAGCGAUGGUGACGUUAUAAAGCUAUAUCCAUCAGGUUAUUAGUGUAGUGACUGUCAAGCAAGCAGCCUAAAAUGAAGCAAAAUGUCUGUCUUCUGCCAAAGCGAGACAUUAUGUCUAAAUGUGAAAAAAAAAAAACUCCACGUAAUA